CUGCAUUCAAAUUGAAUAUGGUAGAAUUUGUUCACUAACUAUUUCGAGCACCUCUCCUCGGCUAAUCCUUCUUAUAAACCUAAUAUCAUACAGUUUAAUUACAAAAACUUACCACCUCAGAAUCCUCAAAACUUUGUUCUGUUGUCCAAAAUGAUUUCUUCCAUAUCUGUGUUUAAAAAGAAGAGGUCUAAAAGAGACUCUACAACUAAUACAAAUUACAGUUUAGUUCUAGGAUAUCCAUCAGGAGCAGAAAGACUUCGUCAACACAAUGGAUUUUUCCAAAAAGUCAAGGCCAUUGCAAAAGAAGUAUUUCCUAAAGAUUCCACGUUUUUAGCUGGAAAUGAUUUGAGUGUAGCUAGUACGUAUAGCAAAGGGCAAAUCAAUGGAGCAGAUGUCGAAGUUGUCCAGUCAUGGGAUGAAAACGGAAGGACAUUUGCUAGAUUUGAAGACUUGCCAAUGGAACUUAGGGUACACAUAUCAUUUUCUUUAUCUACUAUACUCUAUUGCAACUCUUCCCCUAAUGCGUAUCUAAUCCUAAAUUAUGCCUAGCUGAUGAGUCUCUCUCCAAUAGCUUGUCAUUUUGGAAUUGUAUCUCGAAAAAUCACGCAUUACAACACUGAACUUUGUCCCAUCUGACCUUCUACGGUAUGACCACAUGUUUGGAAGAAGUUUUCGUCUUACCUGCGGCUCUAUUCCCCCAAUUCUAUGUCUCAAUCAUCAAUAUCGGGCUACCUUUCUUGAAAGAUUUACCAAGCCAGGAAUGACCAGAUCACAGACCACUUUGAGCAUUGAAGAUGCCUUGCAACAACUUACUGAUGAGGAACGUUGCACUACCUUGCAAGAUUCGCUCAAUGAUGGAUCACGCAGUGCCUUUCCCGUGUAUGCGACCCACACGGGUAGAAACAUCAUUUUCAACCCUAACGAUACUAUAUGGAUCCAAGGGGACUUCUGGCUCGAUGAACUACGCCGGUCAACAAUUUCUCGCUCUGCUUUCUAUCGAUUGCGCCAUCUUGCGAUACCAUACAAGACGCGCAGAAAAUCGCUCUUUGAAGUCGGAGACAUGCUAGACUUUGUGAAUUGCAUCAUCACCACCUUUCCAGAACUCAAGACCAUCGCCUUGGUAUUAGGUGCCGAAGAAGUAAUACCAGAACGACCUGUUUACAACGGUGAGAUUACCUUUACCACUCCGGAGAAAGUCAAAAUCGUCGUAGAUGUUCCCGUUGAAACUCCUCUUACAUCGCGAAAAAGCCUCUCUCGAAUCUGGAAACAGGCACUACGCAAAUCAGCACCUUUGCCACAAAUUCAAACUCAAGUUGAACACUGGUCUGCCAAGAGACUGGGAUUAGAUGCGUUUCGCAUGCUCGAUUUUAUCAAAGAGCGUGCGAUAGAAAGGGGUAAUCGUGGUUGUGAGUAUUUUGCUUCAAAUUUGACACAUGUUCAACAUAGAUUUCUUCUUCUGGUCAUCUAACUAACAGAUACGUGUAUAAGUAGUUUCUAUUUUUCCUUGGACGGUCGCCGACGAGGUAGAUAUAUGGGAGAUACCGGUGGUUACUGUCGUCACUGCAAGUCUUAGUACGGCGUCCAAAAGUCGAAGUAUACCAGAGCCUACUAUCAGAUUAGAAGAGUGGUAGAUCGUGGAAAAAUGAGCAAUUGAGAAUGGAGCUGUCUUGAGGGAGGGAAUGUUCAAGUUGUGAAAAUUUGUUUCAUAUUACGUAUGGAGGGAAAAUGGUACAUUGGUCUGUAUUCACAUCUACAUAAGCUUUUGUAUUCAAAUGACGGUUUUUUUUUGUAUUAGA